AUGGCCUUGCGGUGGUGGUGGCGGUGCGGCGCCUCGUGCCGCCGGGCGCCGCCGCUCGGCUCCGUGCCGCGCCCCGGCCCCCGCGCCCCGCCGGCCCCCAGCGCGAUGUGUCACUUUACCCAAAGAAGUUCAGCUUUGUCGUUUCCAAAAAUAUGUAAUGUAUUUUGGCGGUUUCAUCAUACAAGUACAUCCCACUUGUGCAGCUGCAGUAAGACAGUUAGUGAUGAAAAAUACCAAGACCCUUUUCAACUUGGUAGAAAAGACUUGAAGAAUCUCUAUGAAGAUAUUAAAAAGGAAUUACUUGUCUCUGCAGCAGAACUUAAGGAAAUGUGUGAUUAUUACUUUGAUGGGAAAGGAAAGGCCUUUCGACCAAUGAUUGUGGUGCUAAUGGCUCGGGCUUGCAACAUUCACCAUAAUAAUUCCAAGGAGGUGCAAGCAAGCCAGCGCUCUGUGGCCAUAAUUGCUGAGAUGAUCCACACAGCCAGUCUAGUUCAUGAUGAUGUUAUUGAUGAUGCAAAUUCUCGCAGAGGAAAAAGAACGCUUAAUCAAAUAUGGGGAGAGAGGAAGGCUGUUCUAGCUGGUGACUUCAUCCUCUCAGCUGCUUCUGUAGCUUUAGCCCGAAUUGGAAAUACUACUAUCGUCUCUGUUCUAACUCAGGUGAUUGAAGAUCUGGUGCGUGGUGAAUUCCUCCAGUUGGGUUCCAAGGAAAACGAGAAUGAGAGAUUUGCUCACUACCUCGAGAAGACUUUUAAGAAGACCGCGAGUCUUAUAGCAAACAGUUGUAAAGCAGUUUCAAUUCUAGGCUGCCCUGAUCCCAAAGUUCAUGAGAUUGCAUACCAGUAUGGAAAAAAUGUUGGCAUAGCUUUUCAGCUAAUAGAUGAUGUGCUGGAUUUUACAUCAUGUGCCGACCGUCUGGGGAAACCAACAGCAGCAGAUCUCAAGCUUGGAUUGGCCACAGGCCCUGUCUUGUUUGCUUGUCGACAGUUUCCAGAAAUGAAUGCUAUGAUAAUGAGGAGAUUCAGUAGGCCAGGAGAUGUUGAACGUGCUUGGAAAUAUGUGUUGCAGAGUGAUGGUGUGCAGCAGACAACCUACCUCGCCCAGCGCUACUGCCACGCGGCCACGCGAGAGAUCCGCAAACUGCGGCCAUCCCCCGAGAGGGAAGCCCUCGUCCACCUCACAGAAAUGGUUCUCAUGCGAGACAAGUGAGACAACUCCUUCCACUCGUCCUGGCAGCUACUUACCAGACUGUGCCUACAUUUAUUUCAACAGUUAUUUGCUUCCAACACAGGCUACCAAAAAUUAUUUUUUUAAAAAAACCUUUUUUUUUUUUAAACAAAAGUUUAAAGUGUUUUACUGCAGGAAGCAAUGCAAUUCAGAGCAAAUCAAACUGUGCUGUACAAUUGUUUUAGUGGGGGGCUAUUGAUUGUGGGGGAUGGGAAGAUGUUUACAUGUUGAUGCACAAAGGCCACAAUGAGAAUAAAUAUAAAUCAGUGUAUGAGAACUGAA